AUGCUGGACCUGGUUGUUCUGGAGCAGCUCCUGGCUAUCCUGCCCCCAGAGUUGGAGAGCUGGGUGAGGGAGUGUGGAGCAGAGACCAGCUCCCAGGCGGUGGUCCUGGUGGAAGGCUUCCUUCUGAGUCAGGCGGAGGAGCAAAAGGAGCAGGUUGAAUUGGAGUCCUUCACUGUGGAGAUCAGAGAUCCUGAAGGAAGGAGCAAUCCAUCAAAUCUCCCUGAGGAUCUGUUGUUCAAGAUGGUACCUCAGGAAGAUUCAAGCCAAGACACAAUGGAAGGGAAACAUAGAAUGGAGUUUUCUGGUCUUUCUGGUGGAGCUGAAACAGUGAUUGAACAAGAGGGUCUUGUGUCCUUUGAGGAGGUGGCUGUGUAUUUUUCUGAGGAGGAGUGGUCUCAGCUGAAUCCUGAACAAAAAGCACUGCAUUGGGAAGUUAUGCUGGAAAAUCACAGGAAUGUGGCCUCUCUGGGUAAUAAUGGGCAGGAGAAUCAAGGUUCCUGUGAACUGUUCCAAGUGAUUAAUGCUGGAGAUGGAAUGCAGAACUUUGCAAUUCAGAAAAAAGGAGAAAGACUUGAAAGAAACCAGCUAAAUAAUUGGAAUCAGGAAAGCACAUCUUCCAUUGAUGCUUCAAUGCAAGACUUUUUUGCCCAACAAGGGAAUAUAAAGAAAUAUAUUAGAAAUAGCGUGAAACUAAUCAAAGCUAAAUUACACGUCGAUGAACACCCUCCAGUCCAAAAGAAACAAGAUGAUGUAAACAGACUCAAUGGAAAAAAUUACAAUGGGUUUUUCACUCUUCCCCUUGGAGAUAGGUCCCUUUUAUCACAAAAAGGGAUCCACAUAGAAGAGAAGCCUUAUGAAUGUGUGGAAUGUGGAAAAAGUUUCAGAACAAGCAAUCAACUUACUUUCCAUAAAAUGAUCCACACAGGACAGAAGCCAUAUAAAUACAUGGAGUAUGGAAAGACCUUCGCUCAGAGGGGUGGUCUUAUUUCCCAUAAAAGGAUCCACACAGGGGAGAAGCCAUUUAAAUGCAUGGAGUGUGGAAAGAUCUUUGCUCAUAGCUGUCAUCUUAAUUACCAAAGCAAGAUCCACACGGGGAAGAAGCCAUAUAAAUGCAUGGACUGUGGAAAGACCUUUGCUCACAGACGUAUUCUUAUUUCCCAUAAAAGGAUCCACUCGGGGGAGAAUUCAUACAAUUGCAAGGUGUGUGGAAAGACCUUUACUCGUAGAAGUGAACUUACUAAUCACAAUAGGAGCCACACGGGGGAAAAGCUACAUAGUUGCAAGGAAGGUGGAAAGUGGAUCAGAAGAAAAUCUUCGCUUAUUCUCCAUGAAAUGAUCCACACCAGGCCAAAGGCAUUUAUAUGUCUGCAGUGCGGAAAGGCCUUUCGGACGAAUUAUCAACUUACCCUCCAUAAAAGGAUCCACACAGGAGAGAAGCCAUACAAAUGCUUGGAGUGUGGAAAGACCUUUGCUCAGAGCACUCAUCUUAAUUCCCAUAAGAAGAUCCACACAGGGGAGAAGCCUUAUAAAUGCAUGGACUGUGGGAAGGCCUUUCCUACGAGGACUAAACUUACAAUCCAUAAAAAGAUCCACACGGGGGAGAAACCACAUAAAUGCAUGGAGUGUGGGAAGGCCUUUGCUGAGAGGAAUUAUCUUAAUUCCCAUAAAAGUAUCCACACAGGGGAGAAACCACAUAAAUGCAUGGAGUGUGGGAAGGCCUUUGCGUAUAGAAGUGGACUUACUAAACAUAAUUGGAUUCACACAGAGGAGUUGCGAUAUAAAUGCAUGGAGUGUGGAAAGAACUUUGCUUAUAGAAGUGAACUUACUAAACAUAAUUGGAUCCAUACAGGGGAGAAGCCAUAUAAAUGCUUGGAGUGUGGGAAGAGCUUCACUCGGAGGGGUUAUCUUACUUCCCAUAAAAGGAUUCACACGGGAAAUGAGAUGGAGAGCUGGGUGAGGGAGUGUGGAGUAGAGACCAGCUCCCAGGCAGUGGCCCUGGCGGAAGGCUUCCUCCUGAGCCAGGCAAAGGAGCAGAAGGAGCAUGUCGAGUUACAGGACGGUCUUGUGUCCUUUGAGGAGGUGGCUGUGUAUUUUUCUGAGGAGGAGUGGUCUCAGUUGGAUCCUGACCAAAAAGCCCUUCAUUGCAAAGUCAUGCUGGAAAAUCAUAGGAAUGUGGCCUCUCUGGGUACUAAUGGGCAGCAGAAUCAAGAUUCCUGUGAAUUGUCCCUUAUACCUCAAAAAGGGAUCCACACAGAAGAGAAGACUUUUGAAUGUGUGGAAUGUGGAAAAUGCUUCAGAACAAGCAGUCAUCUUACUUUCCAUAAAAUGAUUCACACAGGACAAAAGCCAUAUAAAUGCAUGAAAUGUGGAAACACCUUUGCUGACAAAAGUAAAUUUGCGAUCCAUAAAAGAAUUCAUACAAGAGAGAAGCCCUAUAAAUGCACAGUGUGUGGAAAGAUCUUUGCUCAUAGAAGUCAACUUACUAAAUAUAACAGAAGCCACACAGGGGAAAAGCCACGUAGUUGCAAGCAGUGUGGAAACUGGCUCAAAACAACAUGUUCUCCUAUUCUCCAUGAAAGGAUCCACCCAAGGCAGAAGGCAUUUAAAUGUGUGCAAUGUGGAAAGGUGUUUUGGACGAAUUAUCAACUUACCCUCCAUAAAAGGAUCCACACAGGAGAGAAGCCAUAUAAAUGCUUGGAGUGUGGAAAGACCUUUGCUCAGAGCACUCAUCUUAAUUCCCAUAAGAAGAUCCAUACAGGGGAGAAGCCUUAUAAAUGCAUGGACUGUGGGAAGGCCUUUGCUAUGAGGACUAAACUUACAAUCCAUAAAAAGAUCCACACAGGGGAGAAACCACAUAAAUGCAUGGACUGUGGGAAGGCCUUUGCUUAUAGAAGUGGACUUACUAAACAUAAUUGGAUCCACAUAGGGGAGAAGGCAUAUAAAUGCUCCGGGUGUGGAAAGACUUUUGCUCAUAGCAGUAGUCUUAUUUCUCAUAACAUGAUCCACACAGGAGAAAAGCCAUAUAGUUGCAAGGAGUGUGGAAAGUGCUUUCGGAGAAAUUGUAAUCUUACAAUCCAUAAAAAGAUCCACACAGGGGAGAAGCCAUUUAAAUGCAGGGAGUGUGGAAAGACUUUUACUCGUAGCGGCAAUCUUAUUUGUCAUAAAAGGAUCCACACAGGAGAAACACCAUAUAGUUGCAAGGAGUGUGGAAAGUGGUUCAAAACAAAAUCUUCCCUUACACACCAUGAAAUGAUCCACACAAGGCAAAAGACAUUUAAAUGUAUGCAAUGUGGAAAGACCUUUUGGACGAAUUACCAACUUACCCGUCAUAAAAAGAUCCACACAAAGGAGAAGCCAUAUAAAUGCUUGGAGUGUGGAAAGACCUUUGCUCAGAGCACUCAUCUUAAUACCCAUAACAGGAUCCACACAGGGGAGAAGCCAUAUAAAUGCAUGGAGUGUGGAAAGACCUUUGCUCAUAGCAGUAGUCUUAUUUCUCAUAAAACGAUCCACACAGAGGAAAAGCCCUAUAGUUGCAAGGAAUGUGGAAAGUGGCUCAAAACAAAAUCUUCCCUUAUACGCCAUGAAAUGAUCCACACAAACCAGAAGGCGUUUAUAUGUGAACAAUGUGGAAAGGGCUUUCGGAGGAAUUAUGAUCUUACUAUCCAUAAAAGAAUCCACACAGGGGAGAAGCCAUAUAAAUGCACAGAAUGUGGAAAGACCUUUGCUCAGAUCGGUGGUCUUAUUUCCCAUAAAAGGAUCCACACAGGAGAGAAGCCAUAUAAAUGCACGGAGUGUGGAAAGACCUUUGCUCAGAGCAGUAGUCUUAUUUCUCAUAAAACGAUCCACACAAGGGAAAAGCCCUAUAUUUGCAAGGAGUGUGGAAAGUGGUUCAAAACAAAAUCUUCCCUUACACGCCAUGAAAUGAUCCACAAGGCGUUUAUAUGUGUACAAUGUGGAAAGGGCUUUCGGGGGAAUUAUGAUCUUGCCAUCCAUAAAAGAAUCCACAUUUAUAUGGGAUAA